GGGAGAUGAUUAUCGUUUUCUACGACAUUACACAUCUCUCGCACAUUCAAAUUAAGAUAUGAUGACAACGCUAAGGGGAGAAUAAUUUUGCCGCUAUCAUUUUAACUACUUUUGCACAUUAACGGAAUUUUUGUUUAGAUUAACGCUUACCUGUUCUGAAGUUGACUUUCGUCAUGAAGGUUGAGGGAAAUAUGGGAGACGGCGGGACGAGUAGUCGGGGCGGCGUGGCAACCGACUGCUGCAUCACCCGGCUGCUCAGCGUAGUCGAAAACGAACUCCAGGCCGGUCGGGAGAAGGGAGAUCCCACAGAGAAACAGCUCAAGGUGAGCCUGGAGGAGGCAGAGCUCUGGAGGAAAUUUAAAGAGGUUACCAACGAAAUGAUAGUUACCAAGAAUGGCAGGCGAAUGUUCCCAGUCCUGAAGGUGAGCGUCUCAGGCCUGGACCCCAAUGCCAUGUACUCCUUCCUGUUGGACUUCAUCCCGGCCGACAGCCACCGCUGGAAGUACGUGAAUGGGGAGUGGAUGCCAGCAGGCAAGCCGGAGCCCCACAGCCACAGCUGCGUCUACAUCCACCCCGACUCGCCCAACUUUGGCGCCCACUGGAUGAAGGCCCCCGUGUCCUUCAGCAAGGUCAAGCUCACCAACAAGCUCAACGGAGGUGGCCAGAUCAUGCUGAACUCCCUGCAUAAGUACGAGCCACAGAUCCACAUAGUGCGUGUUGGGGGCAAUCACAGGAUGGUCACCAACAUCUCCUUCAUGGACACCCAGUUCAUCGCGGUCACAGCCUACCAGAACGAGGAGAUAACAGCUCUGAAGAUCAAACAUAACCCUUUUGCAAAGGCCUUUCUGGAUGCCAAAGAAAGCAAGGAGCUCUUUGGAGAGACAGUGUGA